CUUAUACAACAGUCAAGAAACUUUAUUCAUAAUUUCACAAUUUCACAAUUUCAAUUCUACUAAGAUAACAAGAGACUCACAAUUUCAAUUGUACUAUAAGAUAAGAAGAGGCUCAGGACAAAAAUGGUGGCCACAAAUUAAGAGCCUCUCUAUGGAAGAAGAAAAUUGUGCACCCAUUUUUAAGAAACAAGUUAGUAAUUUGGAGGAAGCACACCAACAAAAGGAUAAUCUCAAAAAAGCAGUUAUGAAGAAAAGGUCACAUCAUCAUCAACAGAGAACAUGGGCUGAAUUGUGUUGUUUGGGUUGCUCCUCCAUACAGCUUUUUUGGGCAAGAGUGGUUAUGCGUAAAUGGCUUAAUAUUGGUAGCAAUCAGUCUGAUUAUAGUGCUGAUCCUGAGGAUGAAGAUGAUGCUGAUUAUGAGGAAGAUGAUCCUGAUAAUGAUUUACAAAAUGAAGUAUGGGGAAGACAGUCACGGUUUAUGGACGGCACAGGUGUUGAUGCUCCAUCUGAAUCAAAAGACUUUGUUCCAAAGUUAAGGAAACAGAAGUCAUCAACUUAUAGAUCUCAGUAUAUUAACUCAAAGGAACUGAGGGUAUGUGCUGCGACAUGGAAUGUUGGAGGAAGACUUCCACCUGAUGACCUAGAUAUUGAUGAGUGGCUCGGUGUCGAUGAACCAGCUGACAUCUAUGUCCUCGGUCUUCAAGAGAUUGUACCCUUAAACCCCGGCAAUAUUUUUGGUGCUGAAGAUACUCGCCCUGUUCCAAAAUGGGAGAAUAUUAUUCGUGAAGCACUUAAUAGAGUCGAACCUUCAGUAACGAAGACCAAAUGCUUUAGUGACCCACCAUCUCCAUCAAAAUUUCAGCCAACAGAUGAUGGCCCUGAUAUAGAAGAAGAAAUACUAUUUGAAAGUGACAGCGACAUCGGCGAGGAAGUCCAUCCUUUGGAUGAAGCGCAAAAUAUUUCUGAUGGUAGUAAUACGAACGAAAUCAUGAAUACCAAUUUACUGGCUUCCGACAAUGCUGAUAGUGCCAACUCCAGUGUCCCGAAUGUCUUUGAUUAUAAAAGACAGUAUACUUUUCCAAAGAAGUUCGAUUGGCCGCAAUGUCCGUCAGAAAACUGGGAUGCAUCAAUUACCCAAAAGACCAAAAAACUAACCAGAAUGCUUAGUGGAUCUGAAAGGAUUGGUUUGAGUUGGCCGGAGCCUCCGCUACAUCUAGUAUCUCAAAGAGUUUUGGAGAGACCAACUUCUUUUAAGUCAUUGAAAUCCUUUAAGUCAUUAAAAUCAUUCAAAACAUAUAAUGCUUUCAAGUCAAUUAUGGAUGAAAUGCCAGGAAUGGGUUUGCUUCCUGAAAUUGACCUUGAAGCUUUAAUAAAGCGGAAAAGAAGAUCACCAUAUGUAAGGAUUGUUAGCAAGCAAAUGGUCGGAGUUUUCAUCACUGUGUGGGUUCGUCGGAGAUUACGGAAACAUAUUCACAAUUUAAAGGUCUCAACUGUAGGUGUUGGCAUUAUGGGAUAUAUUGGUAACAAAGGAUCAGUAUCUGUCAGUAUGUCCAUAUAUCAGACACUUUUUUGUUUUAUAUGUACGCACCUUACGUCUGGGGAAAAAGAAGGAGACGAGCUAAAACGAAAUUAUGAUGUUCAUGAAAUACUGCGCAGAACACAUUUUCAUUCACCUUCUAUUGUUGGACUUCCAAAAGGAAUCCUCGAUCACGAAAGAAUAAUCUGGUUGGGUGAUUUGAAUUACCGUCUCAACUUAUCAGAUGCGGAAACAAAAGCUCUUAUCAAGAAAAAACAGUGGUCAAAAUUGGCUGAAAAAGAUCAGCUCAUGCGAGAAAUCAAGAACGGUGCAUUUGGAGGAUGGUCAGAAGGGGCAUUAAAUUUUCCACCGACUUAUAAAUACGAGGUUAAUUCAGACAAGUACUAUGGAGGCGAUCCAAAGGCUCCAAAACGUACACCGGCAUGGUGUGAUCGUGUUCUUUCAUACGGAAAAGGAAUGAAAUUACUGAGUUACAGAAGGACAGAGCUUAAGUUAUCAGAUCACAGACCCGUGACUGCUACAUAUAUCGUUGAAGUUGAGUCGUUUUCGCCUAGGAAGCUACAGCGAGCCCUAACAUUCACAAAUGCAGAGAUUGAAAAUGAAGAAGCCAUUAAACAUUUAGUUAGUUGGAAAUAACUGCUUAAUUUGAACAGGGUGUUGUAAAGGACAUUGAUUAUUUCCAGAAUUUCAAUUUCAAGGAGCAUCAGUCAUAGCUGCUGCAACUUCUAACACACAGAAUGUCAACCACUAAAUAUAGUUUUUUUUUUUUUUUUGGUUUUCUACUUUCAACAUUUAAUUAGGAAAUGGUUUCAUUUUUGUCUUUCAGAAUCUUUCCAAUAGGAUUUAGAAUUAGAUGUUUGAAUGGCUGUAUCCUAUAUAUGUAAUUGUGUGAUUGAGGUGUGUAUUAUAUAUAUAAGAAAUUUAAAUAAGAGUUCUACAUAUUUAUAGAAA